AUGCUGCUCUCGGUGCCGCCGCGCUCCGGCCUCCCCGCCUUCGCCUACAACAAGAGCAGCAAGAAGCAGCCCUAUGUGCCGCCGGCGCAGCCGCUGGGCCCCCCCAGCCCCAGCCCUGCCGGGGGGGGCACGGACCAGCUCAGCAAGACCAACCUCUACAUCCGGGGGCUGCACCCCGGCACCACGGACCAGGACCUCGUCAAGCUCUGCCAGCCGUACGGGAAGAUCGUCUCCACCAAAGCCAUCCUGGACAAGACGACCAACAAGUGCAAAGGCUACGGCUUCGUUGACUUCGACAGCCCCACAGCGGCCCAGAAGGCCGUGACAGCGCUCAAGGCCAGCGGGGUGCAGGCGCAGAUGGCCAAGAGCCCCCCCCCCCCGACCCCCGCCGGGUGCCGCAGGGCCCAUCCGGCCCCCUGACCCCCCCCACAGCAACAGGAGCAGGACCCCACCAACCUCUACAUCUCGAACCUGCCGCUGGGGGUGGACGAGCAGGAGCUGGAGGCGCUGCUGAAGCCCUUCGGGCAGGUGGUCUCCACCCGCAUCCUGCGGGACCCCCACGGGGCCAGCCGCGGCGUGGGCUUCGCACGGAUGGAGUCCACGGAGAAGUGCGAGGCCGUCAUCACCCACUUCAACGGGAAGUACAUCAAGAUGCCCCCGGGGGUGCCAGCCCCCCCAGACCCGCUGCUCUGCAAGUUUGCGGACGGGGGGCAGAAGAAGCGGCAGAGCCAGAGCAAGUUCGUGCCCAACGGGAGAGCCUGGGCCCGGGACAGCGAUGCGGGCACUGUGACCUUGGCCUACGACCCUGCGACAGCGCUGCAGAACGGCCCACCCCACAGGUUCUACCCGGCGCCCUACGGGCUGGCCCCCAGCCGGAUGAUCGCCCCCACGGCCCUGGCCCCCUACCUGCCCUCCCCCGUCUCCUCCUACCAGGUCCACGGCCCCGCCUGGAUGCACCAGUCCUACCUCGUGCAGCCCACGGGCGCGGUGCUGGCCCCCGCUGUGGACCACGCCGUCCCCCUCCAGCCCUCCGUGGUGGCUCCCCUGGCCCAGCAGCUCGGCCACCUCUCGCUGGGCAGCGCCGGCACGUACGUGCCCGCUGCCACCGCUGUCCCCGGAGCCUUCAUCCCGCCGUACCCGCCGGUGCCACCCGCCCUCCCGCUGGAGGACGGCAGCGCCGCCCCGAGCCACGGCCCCAUCGAGUCGCCGUCCGAGCCCGGCGCCUUCCCCUACCCCUACCCCAAGUAG